AAUAGUGCUUUUCAUGAGGUAGCAAAUUGUGGUAUAUUUCACCGUAUACAGGAUGCAAAACGCUUACAGUACUGUUUCCUACACUUGACUAUUCAAGAGUUUCUGGCUGCGCAAUGUAUUGUAGACGAAUGGAGCAAAAUUCCACAGUUUUUGGAUUAUAAUAAACGUGAUCCUAAAUGGCAAUUGGUGAUACAGUUUGUCGCUGGUCUAAUUGGAGACAUGAAGAGAUCUGGUAGCAUAAUAGAUACUAAAACAUUAAAAGAAGUUGAAGAACGGUUUAAAGACUGGAUUUCAAAUUUGUUUUCCGUGAACGGCGAUAAAGUCCUUGGUUUUCUUGGAGUAAAGUGCUUAUACGAGUUGCAAGACAAAGAUUUCAUGAGCUCAGCUUGCACAGAGUUAAAGAAUUCUUCUGAAAUAUUGGAAAUUAAUUACGUUUCUUUUACGCCUGUUGAUUCAAACGCAUUGUUUGAAUUUCUAUCCGAAUGUGAACACAUAACACGUGUUUCUUUUGAAGAUUGCAAGUUUCUUGAUAAUCAUAGCUUUCUUCCUUUAAAAAACUAUUUGUCAAGUGGGAGAGCGGAAAUUUUGAUUAACUUAAAGUUUUGUCGUUGUACUUUAGGCAAUCUUUUCUGUGAGCAUUUUAUUGAAGCUUUAAAGAGUGAGAAUUGCAAACUAACUAAGUUGGAAAUUUUAGUUACCGAAAUAGGUGAUGAAGGUGCUGAAUGCUUUCGUAAAGCUUUGAUAAGUCAGAGUUGUAAACUUACUGAAUUAACUCUUCGGUGUGUCAGUAUAGGUGAUAAAGGUGCAGAAUAUCUUAGUAAAGCUUUGAAAAGUGAGAAUUGCAAACUUACUACAUUGGAUCUUAGUAAUAACAUUAUAGAAGGUAAGGGUGCGAAUUUUCUUAGUGAAGCUUUGAAAUGUGAGAGUUGUAAACUUACUGAAUUGAAGCUUGAUUAUAAUCACAAAAUAGAAGGUGAAGGUGCGAAAUCUGUUAUUGAAGCUUUAAAAAGUGAGACAUGUAAACUUACUAAAUUGCAUCUUAAUUCUAGCAAUAUAGGUGACGAAGGUGCAAAAUAUUUUAGUGAAGCAUUAAAAAGUGAGAGCUGUAAGCUUACUGAAUUGCAUCUUCAUUUUAACAACAUAGGAGAUAAAGGUGCUAAAGAUCUUAGUGAAGCUUUGAAAAGUGAUAAUUGUAAACUUAGUGAAUUGUAUCUUCAUACAAACCAAAUAGGUGAUGAAGGUGCAAAAUAUCUUAGUGAAGCAUUGAAAAGUGAGAAUUGUAAACUUACUAAUUUAAGUCCUGAUAGCAACCAAAUAGGUGAUGAAGGUGCAAAAUCUCUUAGUGAAGCUUUAAAAAGUUAUAAUUGUAAACUUACUAGUUUAAAUCUUGAAAGCAACCAAAUAGGUGAUGAAGGUGCAAAAUAUCUUAGUGAAGCUUUAAAAAGUUAUAAUUGUAAACUUACUAGUUUAAAUCUUAAUAGCAACCAAAUAGGUGAUGAAGGUGCAAAAUAUCUUAGUGAAGCUUUAAAAAGUUAUAAUUGUAAACUUACUAGUUUAAAUCUUAAUAGGAACCAAAUAGGUGAUGAAGGUGCAAAAUAUCUUAGUGAAGCAUCGAAAAGUGAAAAUUGGAAACUUUCUCAACUGUAUAUAAAGGGUUACAAUAUACGAAAGAAUGUUUGAAAGAAUGGGUUGCAAUAUAUGUGAUUAAGGUGCUAAAUAUCUUAGUAAAGCAUUCAAAGUUUGAAUUGCAAACUUAUCAAAUAGGAUAUUGGGAAUAACAAAAUAGCAGCUAAAGGUGUGAUCUAUCUUGGUGAAGCUUUGAAAAAAAAGAUGUAAGCUUACUGAAAUAAAUAUCCUUAUAAACAAUAUGGGUGAUGAAGGUGCAAAUUAUCUUAGUGAAGUUUUGAAAAGUGAGAAUUGUAAACUUACUGAAUUGUCACUUGAUUAUAACAAUAUAUGUGAUGAAGGUGCGAAAUCUCUUAGUGAUACUUUAAAAGUGAGAAUUGUAAGCUCACUAAAUUGAGCAUUGAUAGUAACAGUAUAGGUGUUGAAGGUGAUAAAUAUCUUAGUAACACAAUAUAUAGUGAGAAUAUAUCUUCCAACAAGUGAUUUUUAUUUUUAGUUAUAUUUCCUACAAACGAUUUUUCUCUUUGCAUGAUACAUGAUAAAAAUAGUAAAAAUGUAUGUAUUUUUCUGCUUCAAAAUUUGUAAUUUAAACAUUUAUAUGUUUUAUCAGCAAAAUAAGUAAAAAACUGUUCACAGUGAACAAUAUAUCUUUCUUGUGACUUUCCUUUUAAAAAGUGUUUCUUGAUUUAAAAACUAUUUUCAAAUCUCUUUACAUAGCUAUGUUAAUUCAUUUGCAGAGAAAAAGUAUAGUUUGAUUAGUAAUCAUGUAUUGUUCAUUUAUUUAUUUUGCUCUUUUUGCAUUGUUUACUGCAAAGAGUAAAGACUUCAACAAACAAUGUUGGAAUUAAAUCAUGUUAUAAUCACUUUGUAAUUAUCAAAAGAAAUUUCAAUAAACAUGAACACAUUGAAUGUUUUCCUUAAAAAUUCCUUUCCAGUCAACAGAUUUAUGAAUAAAUUCCGUCUAAUAGUCAUAAAAACGCAAUAUUUUUUUAGUUAAAAAUAAACAAGAUAUAUAAUUGAGGUAGUCUUCUGAAGAAUUCGUUAUUGCAUGAACGUAAGAAAACGUGCUCCAUAUGUGAACAUUUUUAUACAGACAUUGUAAUUAACUUUUUUUUCUGAACUUAUCCUAUAUACUUAUCCUAUAAACUGUCGUAUGUAUUCUUUGUAAAUGACAAAACUUAAAUUAAAUGAAGAUAUAAUCUUCGCACUUUGCUGGACAA